AUGUGGAGCCUCGCAGGUGGGAGCCGGGCUCCCCUGGGCCUGCUCCUGAUCUGUCUGUGUCUGCCAGGCCUCUUUGCACGGAGCAUUGGGGCACCAGAGGAGAAAGUCUCCCUUCAUUCGGGACAACCUUCUUUCACCAGCCUCUCCAAGUCCGGACAGCCUCAGCCCAAGCCAGACCCUGUGAAGAAUGAGUUACCAGGGAUUCUUCAGAGGCUCAGCGAAUCUCCACAAGAUGGCAUUCUUCCUGAGGGCAGCUCUGAGGUGCCCAGCGGGCCUCCCUUCUGGGGGCCGCCCCCCAUGGAGUCCUGGCCCUUACAGAACCCUCAGCAAGGGAUAGCUGCUGAGGACCAGUUAGAGCAAGUGCUACCAGAAGCCCUGUCAUACCUUUCCAGAGGCGGCCCUCUGUCUGAGGCUUCCUCUGCACAACCUUGGCCAGAGGCUUCCUACCCCCAGGACGCUGGACCGCAGGCUGCUUCUACUCCAUUGGAAACGGAAGCAGAAGCCUUUGCCCAGCGCCCAUUCUGGUUUCUCAACCACAAGGUUCUGCCUGGUUUAUCUGGGAGGAUCCUAAGUCCCGGAACAUCUUGGGGAAGUGGAGGGGCUGGAACUGGGUGGGGAACAAGACCCAUGCCACACCCUUCUGGAAUAUGGGGUAGCAGUGGUUUAGUCUCAGGUACUAGCUUGGGGGGUAAUGGUUGGUACCCAGCAGGCAUCUUAGGGGGAAAUGGUCGGUACCCAGUAGGGAGCUGGGGGGGAAAUGGUCGGUACCCAGUAGGGAGCUGGGGGGGAAAUGGUCGGUACCCAGUAGGGAGCUGGGGGGGUAAUGGUCGGUACCCAGUAGGGAGCUGGGGGGGUAAUGGUCGAUACCCAACAGGCAGCUGGGGGGGCAAUGGUCGAUACCCAACAGGCAGCUGGGGGGGUAAUGGUCGAUACCCAACAGGCAGCUGGGGGAGUAAUGGUCGAUACCCAACAGGCAGCUGGGGGCCCAAUUGCCAGUAUCCAGUAGGCAGCCGGGGGCCCAAUUGUCAGUACCCAGCAGGCAGCUGGGGAGCUAAUGGCCAGAAUCGGCUUCCCCCAGGAGGUAGACGUCCUGGCUCUUCUGGGAGCACCCCCUAA